ACAAAGGCCAGUAUACAGGAAGUCAAACUUAUAACAGCUACGAUAACAGUUGUGGGCAUAAACCACAUAGGUUACAGUCUGAAAAAGAGAACAGCGGGCCGCUUUUUUUCUGGCCAGUUCGCCAACUAGCUUGUAGCGAUGGACAAGCUUCGUCGUGUGCUAAGCGGCCGAGAGGACAACGAGGAACUGGGUCUCACUGCACAGGUCCUUGAUGCCAGCACUCUCAGCUACAGCACCAGGGUGAAAUGGUUCGUCAUCUGCUUUGCUGCAGGCAUCCUGUGUUCAAUACUUGGCACAGCACUGCUGUUCCUUCCAAAUGGCUUGAAGCUCUUUGCAGUCUUUUACACACUAGGGAAUAUUGCAGCUCUUUCCAGCACCUGCUUCCUAAUGGGACCACUAAAACAGCUGAAGCGCAUGUUCGAACCAACACGACUGAUAGCAACCAUUGUUGUGCUGCUCUGCCUGGUCUUAACACUUUGUUCAGUGUUUUGGUGGGGUAAAAAGGGACUGGCCAUCAUCUUCUGUAUUCUGCAGUUUCUGGCAAUGACGUGGUAUAGCAUCUCUUACAUUCCAUUUGCCAGGGAUGCUGUGAUCAAGUGCUUCACGACCUGUCUGAGUUAGGAAAUUGUAGACUUUGGAGUCCUAUCAAGACUGGUCCUAAUAUGCAAACUGCGAACAAGAGGCUUUGUAAAAUAUACAUGAUACUGUAUAUACACUAUAUUUCCAAAUUUUUAUUAUAGCUUUCAUACUGUGAAGUCUUGCUUUUUAAGUGUCGCUCAAGGUCUAUAACUAUCACCAGAUAAUAGGUAUCAGUCUUUUGCUUUUGACAUGAGUAAUGGGUGCCUUUAAUGGCUAAUAUAUUUAAAGAUAUUCCUGAAUUUUCUGAGUGUAUUUAUGCCAUUUAAGUGCAGAAACUGAUGUUGAGUCUGGUAUGUGGUCAAAUACAACAAAGUGCCUUCUGAUUAUAUGCAGCAGGAAGAAAAUAGUUCAAAUAUAAGUCAGGUUCUAUAUUUGCAUUUUGAGCAGUAUACAAAUUAAUUGUCAUCUGGCGUCCUACAUGCAAACGUUGUCAGAGCAUUAUCUCUCUCUCUCUCUCGUGCGUGUGUGCGUGUUUGUGUGUGAGUUGUGUGAUGUGUAAAGAGGCUCUCAGAUGCUAUUCCAUGUUGAUGUUUUCCCUUUGGCAAUUGUGUCACUGCUUCACUGAUGAUGCACUGAAAUAUGAUUUUUUUUUUUCUUUUUUUUUUUCUC